AUGGCAGCCUUUGCAGGCCGCUCGCUCGGUGCAGCAGACUUGGCGAGCUGUUUCUUGCUGCAGCAUGGCCCGCUCGUCCAUGGUUCCUACUCGGGCAGCACGGCUGAUGGCAAUGGUCCGUGGUGCACCUACGGCGGCUGCCACGGCGCCGGCACGAGUGUGGGAGAGCAGGCCGGGGGCGGGGGACGCGACGAGCGGAAGGAGAGGCGGCUGGCGUCGAACCGGGAGUCGGCGCGGCGGGCGCGGGCGCGGCGGCGGAGGCAGCUGGACAACCUGUCGUCGCGCGCCGCGGAGCUCCGCGCCGCGAACGCGCGGCUGGCCGUGGAGCUGAACCGCGUGGCCGCCGCGCGCGCGCGGGCGGCGCGGGAGAAGGUGCAGCUCAUGGAGGAGGCCCGCCGCCUGCGGGAGAGGCUCGCCGCCGCCGAGGCGGAGGCCGCGGUCACGGCUGCGUCGGCGAAGGACGCCGGCGAUGAAGAAGCGGGAACGCCGAUGGACUAG